UGAUGUGUUGCAACAUGUGUGAUUGACAACGCUUCUUGUGAAACUCGCAACGUAUUGGCAAGUUGUAAUCUUUAUCAUGCAGGAGUAAAGGUCGGCUGGCAUAGUUGCACGUGAUUGCGAAGGGUUGAUGACGCGCUAGAGAGACAUCAGCAUGGUCGCGGUGACCCAAGCGACUAUUGUUGGAGGGUAAGGCAACCUCCGUGAGGGGCUGCAUGAUCUAGGUUACAACUACCUCAACGAGGGGCCACAUGAUAUGAGUCAUGACAAUGCAUGAUCUAGGUCACAUGACCCCUCGCGAGUCGCAGCAACCCAGAUCUAAGUCACGCGACUUCCACGAGGGGCCGCCAAUCUGGGUCGCCCACAACCUCCACGAUUCGCAGCAACCCGCAAUUUGGUUGCCACCAGCAUGUAAUAUUAUGCAAUAAUGUAAUAUUAAUGUUAGUGGGCCCCAAAAGAAGAAACUGAAAAAGAAACUGAAAAGUCAGUAAAACAAAAAGGCGAGGGGAGAGGGCUCGGCUAAAUAGAAGCUGAGAGUUCCCUCGACCAAAAAGAAAAGAAAGAAAAGAUGAAGAAGAGGAAGGAGAAGAGAAAAGGGGAAAAAGGAAAGGAAUUUUGGCACAUGCACGUCUCGGAUGCCUCGCCAAGCCGACUCGACUCCAUAACACAGCACCCGGGCUUUGAGUUUGACGAUACAAGUAUUGUUUGUCGUUUGAUCGUAGACGACAAGGAGAGCGGAUUGCAAAUCUCCGGACUUCUUUUAUGGAGGCACCCGCAAAGAGGAACAUCUUAAAAGUAGAAAGAUCUAGCCCCGUCGCCGUCCUACCAGAAUAUGAAACACCCGAGGGUUCCAUGUUCUUAAGUAGCCUUGAUCAAAUGGCUCCCGCAAUCGUGCCGACCGUUUAUUGUUUCGACAGGAGUGACGCAAAAGUGGUGGACGUGAUUAAGCAAGCUCUGGCCAAAGUUCUGGUUCAUUACUAUCCAAUUGCCGGGAGAUUAGCUAAAAACUCUCGUCGGAAGUUGGUCGUUGAUUGCCAAAAGAAGUUAGGAGUCCCAUUUGUGGAGGCACUGGCUGAUUGUGACAUGAAAAUUCUGGGUAAUUUAAUAAUUUUCGAUUCUGAUGUUUUAGGUAAGCUUGUUUACAGAGAUCCUAUGGAACAUGUACUUGAAGUUGCCCCUCUUCUAACUGCACAGGUGACGAAAUUCAGAUGUGGAGGUUUCACAUUGGGGAUCACACUUAGUCAUUGCAUAGCAGAUGGUGUGUCGGCAAUGAAUUUUAUGAACGCGUGGGCUGAAAUAGCAAGAGGCGAGCCUUUAUCCCUCGUCCCUUGUCACGAUAGAACUGUCCUAAAAUCAAGGCUGCCUCCUCGAAUCACCUGUCCUUACAAUGAAUUUGUUCACAUAAGUGAUGUAUCAAACAUGACGGCAUUAUAUGAGGAGCAACAAUUCGUACAAAAGUCUUUCCACUUUGAUGCUGAGAAGCUGGCAAUCUUAAAAAUAAAGGCAACAAAAGAUGAACAGGUAACAGGCAGUUGCACCAACUUCAUAGCACUUGCAGCCUUCGUGUGGCGGGCUCGAAGCGUGGCCCUCAAGAUGAAACUCCACCAACAAUCAAAACUUCUUUUAGCAGUCAAUUUCAGGUACAGACUAACACCACCAUUGCCCGACGGAUACUUUGGGAACGCCGUGGCCUUGCCCUGUUGUCUCUGCUCGGUCGGAGAGUUGAUUGAGGAGCCAAUCUCUGCUUCCGCGGGGAGAAUGAAGAAGGCAAUCGAGAGCGUGACCGACAACUACAUUCGGUCAAGGAUCGACUAUUUGGACAUGUAUCGAUAUCAGGGAUUUCCUCUGGGCACUCUAGUAAUAACUUCAUGGACAGGGCUCGGGUAUGGCUACACGGACUUUGGAUGGGGAGAGCCGAGGUUUGGGAUGGGUGACCUACUAAGGGAAACCUGCUUGUUUAUGACAGAAGGGAAAGAGAAAGAGAAAGGCAUUACGGUGGUGUUGGGUUUGCCCCUUUCAGCCAUGAAUACUUUUGAGAAGCUUGUUUAUGAUCUGAACGAGGCUUAGUACAAUAAUAUUGUUAUUCAAAAUUGGUUUACAAAGUGUGACCAACUACAAGUGGAUCAUCAUAUUCAACACCUGAAUG